CCAGUUGUCAUUGUCCAUGUUGGAACAAAUGACAUACAUAAGGGUAGUCUGUCAGUUCUGCGAUCCAAAUUCAAAGAGUUAGGUACCAAGCUGAGGAGCAGAACUGACAAGGUAGUCUUCUCCGAAGUUCUGCCUGUGCCACGCGCCAGUCCAGGUAAGAUUGAGGAGAUUAGAAGGCUUAACGUGUGGCUCAAAUCUUGGUGCAGGGUAGAAGGGUAUAGGUUUAUGGGGCAUUGGGACUCCUUUUGGAACAGUUGGGACCUGUUCCGCCGUGACGGGUUACAUCUGAACCAGAGGGGCACCAAUGUAUUGGGGAGGCGUAUGUGUAGGCUAGUCGAGGAUUGUUUAAACUAGGGAAUGGGGGGGCAGGGAGUUUAGGACAGGCCAGGUUUAGAUCUAUACAUGGAAGAACAAACAAUGGUGUAGAAACAAGAAUGCAUAGUAAUGUAAAUUCUAAGCAAACAUUUAAAUGUAGAAGGAGUAAUACAUUAAAAAUAGCUUGCCUUAAUGCUAGAAGUAUCAAAAAUAAGGUAAGUGAGUUGGAGUUAUAUGUAGCAGAGCAUAAUUAUGAUAUUAUAGCAAUAACGGAAACCUGGCUAAAUAACAAAGAUGGGGAUGAGUGUAACAUAGAGGGAUACACAUUUUUUAGGAAGGAUAGACAGAACAGAAAAGGAGGUGGGGUUGCUGUUUAUGCCAAGCAGGAUUUAAAUGUAAGUCUUCUUCAGUUGGAUGAUGAGCCCCAUCGUAGUGAGGACAUGUGGCUUCGCCUGGAAAAUAUUAGGGAAAGAGGUCUUAUUUUAGGAAUGUGUUAUAGACCACCCAAUUCAGACAGUAAUUUCAACACACAUCUUUUUAGUAAUAUCAAAAAGGCAAGUUUACAGGGAGAUAUUAUAGUCAUGGGAGACUUUAAUUAUCCAAAUAUUAACUGGGAUAACCUUACAGAUGGUGGUGUACAAGAGCAGGAGUUUUUAGAAGUAAUCAAUGACUCUUUUUUAACACAGCACGUUAAAGCACCAACAUGGGGUGAAGCCUGUCUGGAUUUAGUAUUUUGUAAUAAUCAGGAUAGAAUUGAGGGUGUAGAGGUGAUUGAACCACUAGGGUCAAGUGACCAUAAUGUAAUACAAUUCUCAGUAUUUUGUAAGAGUGCAGAUGCAAAGACUAAAAUUGUUAAGUUGAACUUUGGUAGGGCUAAUUUUGAGCAGAUGCGACAAAGUCUAAGUAGGAUACACUGGGAUAAGCUUUUAAGUGUUGAGACAGUCGAGGAGCAGUGGAACAGGUUUAAAAAUGUUUUACAUGUAAUGCAGGACAAAUACAUACCUAAAUUUGGAAUUAAUAGGAAACUAAAAAAAACACCACCGUGGAUUAAUAAAGAUUUAAAAAAGAAGUUGCAAAGGAAAAAACUGCUUUAUUAGGCAUAUAAGACUAAUGACUGCAAAGUGAAUUGUAGAGCGUAUGAGAACAUGA